UGCGGCUCGGCUUUUUCGGGUGUCUGGGAGUCGCCUGAGAGAGCUUGGGCGGGCGCCUCGGGGCGGGGGCGGGGAGUGUCUCCGGCUUUAGUUUGGAGUGCUCGGGACCGCCCCAGAGCCUAGCCAGGGGUAGGAGCAGCACUACUACCCGCUCGGCUUAGCCCGCCGGGGACUAUGUCUGGAGCCCCGGAGGCCGCUGCGCCGAGGGUUGGAGACCCGGACGCCGCCGCGGAUGCCGAGGCCCGUCAGAGGAAGCUGGAAUCCUUGAGCCGAAUGCCCCGACUGCCGGUUCACAUGGAAAGCCUGCUGCCAUCAAAAAUAAAGAUUAAUUUAGAAGAGAAUGUACAAUACAUGGCCAUGAGAAAAGCACUAAGAGUGGCAAAACCUCGUUAUGAUGUAUCUUUGGUUUAUUUAACUCGUAAAUUUAUGGAGCUCAUCAAAUCUGCUCCUGGUGGAGUUCUUGAUUUAAAUGAAGUUGCAACAACUUUGGGAGUACGGAAACGAAGAGUAUAUGACAUCACCAAUGUAUUAGACGGAAUUGAUCUCAUUCAAAAAAGAUCUAAAAAUCAUAUUCAGUGGAUUGGAUCUGAUCUUGGUGGUAUUGGAUCAAAAGUGCCCCAGCAAAAGAAGAUAAGGGAUGAGCUUACUGAUUUAACAGCAAUGGAAAAAGCUUUGGAUGAGUUAAUUAAGGAUUGUGCUCAACAGCUGUUUGAACUAACAGAUGACAAAGAAAAUGAAAGAUUAGCAUAUGUGACCUAUCAAGAUAUACAUAGUAUUCAAGCUUUCCAUGAACAGAUUGUCAUUGCAGUCAAGGCUCCAGAAGAAACCAAAUUGGAAGUGCCAACUCCUAAAGAAGACUGUAUAACUGUACAUAUAAAGAGUACAAAGGGACCUAUUGAUGUUUAUUUGUGUGAAGUGGAACAAGAUAACAUAAGUAACAAAACAUUUGAAGAAAUGAGUACUACUUUUUCUGAAAGUAAGUCUACAGUUCAUCUUGAUCCAGAAGGAAAUCUACAGCAGAGUGAAUCGAGUGAAAAAAAACCAUCCGAAUUGUCUUGAACAUUAAAUCUCUGGAACGAUUUCAACACUUUGUCAAGUUGGUUUAAUUCUCUCUGUGGUGAGACUCUUUCAGUUUGGACUUUAAAAAAUCAGCCAUAGAGGACUUCUGUGCCUAGUUUGACAUUAACAGUAAGGCCAAUAGUUUUAGUAGUUCUCUUGUAUACAUUUACAUCAACUUAUUAUGGAAAAUGGCUCAUUUUAUAAAAAAAUUAUGAAAUGGUAAUUUGGCAUUUACUUGAGUGAAACAAGGACUUCCAUAUUUAAAAAGAAAUUCUUGUAAACAAUCUUUUAGAGCACCAGUUUGUUACUACUAAAACAUUUGGACUAAUCUGAACUUGAAAUAUACGGUAUCAUUAACUUCUUCCUUACAAUGCAGAUUAUGUACCAAGUGAAAUUAUGCUUUACAACGUGUGAGUACUGUUUGCAUUGUAUGCAAUCAGCUAUUUAAAUGGAUGUACACAAUAAAAUUAAAUGUGAAUACUCCUGUAUAUAUUUGUAUAAUGUUUAGUAACUCAUGAAAAAUGUGAAGCAUAUAUAAAAUUUUCAUCUUGUACAGCAAAAAAUAAAAUGUAAAUAUGAAAAGUUA